UUCUCGACUAGUGGUUGGAAUUCUCGAUACACUUUUGUUUGGCGUGCCAUAACUUCACGUACGUCAUACGUUGCGAAGCAGGAAAUUGAGUCUUUCUGAAAUUCUCACGGAAGAAAACCAAAUUACAUGGUGAAAAUGGUAAAGACAAAUUUAGUAUUUUCGACUGUUACAUUGAUCACAUUUCUUGGUCUUGCCAAAGGAAGAAUAAUAUCUCCACCUGAUGGUCAAAGAUUUGUAUUUUUACCUGGAUCUUCUCACAAUAUAACUUGGACAUUAAAUGUUACUGGAAACAUUCUUGUAUGGGCUUGGAGUUUUGAACCUCGUGGUUCAUCUUCCCCUCAAGAAAUUGCAAGAAUACUUGAUAUGGAUGUCACACCCAAACAUUUUCCAUCACCUUUAACAUUUGAAGUUUUCAAACCUGGAACUUUGUGGCUAAAGAAUGUAAAUCAAAGUUACAAUGGGGAAUUUACAUUUUUUAUUUCAACUAGUACUCCUUCUACUCCUUCAUCAAAAGUAAAUGUUUCUAUUGCUGCUAAACCAAACGUGAUAAUCAAUUGUUCAACUCCUCUGGUUGUGAAUGAAGGUGAUAAUGUGUCAUGUGUAUGUAGAGGUGAAGGAGGUAACCCUCCUGCUAAUGUCAUGUGGUUUGAUAAAGAUAACAACAUAAUUGGUGGUGUUGGAGUUGUAAAUAAGACAUUAGUAAUCACUAAUGUUACAUUGAAUGAUGGUGGAAAUUACACAUGUAAAGCACAAAGUCAUAAUGAUCCACGUUUUAGAGAUGAAAAAUCCAUUGAAGUAACAGUGAAAGAUCCACCACAACAAACCAAGAUCACCAUCAGUCCAAUGUCAGUAAAUAAAGGUCAAAAUGUGAAAAUAACCUGUGAAUCAGAUGGUUAUCCUGAACCAACCUACACUAUUUAUCAUAAUGGUGCAGUUAUCAGUAAUAAUAAGACAUACAUCAUUCAAUCUGUCAACUUCAAUCACGCUGGUUCAUAUCGUUGUGAAGCAAAGAAUAAACUGGGAAAUGAUUCAUCUCAAGUUAAAAAUCUUACUAUCAUCAAAGGUGGUUCCUAAUCGUAAUACAGCAAAAUCUCAAGAUUUGU